AUGCAGCGAGUUGCCCAGAAUCUCGAAGCUAUGAAUCUCAACGCUGAACCAACCGUUGAAUUCCAAAUGAAAAACUCACUGCUCAUGGAACUCAUCGACGCUCCAACUGUGGACCCAGAUAUCCUGAAGCGCAUCAACCAGUACUUGGAGAGAGACGAUGCAAACGGCACCCGUAGAGGAAAGUUCCUGGAGACUUGGCUAGCCUUUUAUGCUUCUGAGAAGAUUCCGGCGUUCGCUCGAUUGGCUCAAAAAGCCUAUGACAUGGUAGCCCACUACGAUUAUCUGAACUUUGAAGACUUUCUCAACAUGAGAAAAACCGAUGUGGAGUCUCGCACGGAUUUUCAUUCUACCAUCAAAAACCUCCGCAAGGAGUUCCUGGCAAGUGAUGGCCUUCAUAAAACUGUCCUCGAGAAGUUCCUCUCGCUGCUGAUCGCUGAAACUUUCAUGCCAAUCAACUUGCUAGUCAUUUACAAUUACGCGUGUACUCUUCCCAUCGACUCACUUAGGUGCUGGAUUCUGGAGCAGGUCUACCUGCUCGAACUGGUUGGAUACGACGAGGACAUUGACAAGGCAAUUGCGCAACAUCUUCGCAUCUAG